UGAAGCUUAUAUAUAAUAUAAUCAUAUUAAGCUUUAUUAUAUGGGCAGUGAUGUCACAUAUUAUCUCACCUUGGAUAUGAAGAGAUUUCAGGAAUCUUUGGCAUCUUAAGGCCUAUAAAGAAUUGCAUACCCUAACAAACAUAUCUCUCACUUUCUCUUUCCCUUGACCCCCCUCAACUCCAACCCUUGCCAAACAGUGGGGGCUUCAAAAAAAAAAAUUGGUUGUUAUCCUUACAAUUAUUAUUGUUUCUGGUUUGUCUGCAAAUGUUUCCUUUACAUCGAAGCAAUGAGCUGUGCUUUCAGAUUUCACCAAAUCCCCAAAAAAAGAAGGCAAUCUUCUCAGAAGAUCAGAUUCUUGGCCAUGCUUCACUGGAAGAUAAUGCUUUCCACGUUGAUAAUUAUAAGGAGAUCAUCACUACAAGCCGCCGAAGCCCGAAAUCUUUUCCUAAUACUAGUACUAUUGUGAAUCACAAUAGUGCUACUAUUAGUGAAAACAAGAGUAAUAAGAUGAUGAAGCAUAGAGAUAUUGAAAGACAAAGAAGGCAAGAAAUGGCUACCCUUCAUGCUUCUCUUAGAUCCCUACUCCCACUUGAACUAAUCAAGGGAAAGCGUUCUAUUUCCGAUCACAUCAACGAGGGUGCAAGGUAUAUAAAACAACUCCAGUUGAAGAUCAAAGAACUUGAUGCCAAGAGAGACGAUUUAAAGAAAUACGCUUACUUGUCGGAUUCGAGUAGUACUGAGCCGACUAACCAUCGCCAUGGCCAAGCUGGGAGCUCAACUAGCUGUACUCCCCCGCCUCAAGGUCAUUUCUUAAGAGUCCAACCUUGUGGUUGUGGAGUUGAAAUCGUGAUCAGUAGCUGUGAGUUCGGAGGGCUCAGUGCGUUGCCCCUUUCAAAGGUUUUGCAAGUUAUUCUUGAAGAAGGGCUUGCCUUAGUUAGCUGUAUUUCAACCAAAGUUAAUGGCAGAAUGCUUCACACUAUCAAGUCCGAGAACAAUAACAUAGAUUCAGAAUGCAUCAAUCUUUCAGCACUUGACCAGAAACUAAACGAAGUGAUCAAUCAUUGCUGAUGUCCCUCCAUGAUCGAUGGUGAUUCUUGCAUAUGAGUACUAUAUUCUGAGCAUUCAAUUAUAAGUAACAUUAGUCGAUCGUGUGGCUUUAACGUUUGACUUCCUGAAACAAUCUAACAUUUUGGUCCAUCUAGUAGUACCACUGAUCCUUUAGAUAGAAUAAAUCUUAUUGUUGACAUUUUUCAUCCUAUGAAACUGAGUUAAAUGAUUUUGGUUUUUACCCUUAACAACAAUGUUUAUGAAAAUAAAAAUAAAAAUAUAUUUAUAUAUAUAUAUAUAUAA